AUGCCCAGAGAUCAGCCCAUCGCUGUGCGAUCCCUUGUAGCCUUUUCCCAGGGCGAAAUCCGGGAACCCAUGUUUGACCUAGCCUACGACAUGUUGGAUCCUCUCGGACCCCGCAUCUCUAGACUCAAUGACUUGGAGGCCUUUCUCGGUCACAUCAUCGAUAAUCCCGAAACCAAGGAUUCUUGCCCACGUCCUGAAUUCGACGUCAUGGCAGAAGAAUACGCGAGAAAACUCCAGGACGUACAACAGCGUGUAGAUGAACGCCUCUUUGCCGGAGAGGCCUUCACGAAACUCGCUAAGUUUGACAAGCAGUUUAUUGAGUCGGCUUUAGGGAAGCGUCCCGACGAGAUUCCUCCAGAAACCUCCGGGGCAAAGGGGCCAAUGUAUUUAAAUCUUGCCGGUCUCUAUGGUUCUUCAGAGCUGCCGUCGCUAGCGGAUUCGUUCGGCAGCAAGUCGGAAGGCGAGGUCUUGCAGCAGGCAAAAAGCGUUCUAAAGACUCUUGAACUUCUACUUGACCGAGCCAAGGCCAUGACGUUGGUACUCCUCUCCUACGGCAAAGACAGAUUUUGGGAGGCUGACGGGCUCAGUCACCUCCUCGAUUGCGCGGAGCAUAUGGCACUCUUGCAGGGAUAUAUACACAAGUCUCGGCGUUAUGGUCUAGCCAUCACCAAGUUCAUGGUUGGCAAAUUUGACCGAUCUGCUGCUAGACUCGAUUGCUGUAUAAGGGCCUUUAUCAUGGCUUACGACACCCUUCCCAUCGGGGUCACUCCAGCUGAACUUGACAUAUUGUCACGGCGAGCUUCCUGCAAAGGCAAGAACCUGGACGGGAUCUACACACAGUAUAAGAGAGACGACAGGGUUGCGUGUUCGUUUUUCCGAGAAUACUGUAGAGUGUGGCCUCUUGCCGAAGCUCGCGAUCGAGUCGCAGCCUGGGAGUUGGGAGUCCGUGCCGAUGCUCUGGCUAUCCGAAACCGCCUGGUCAUGAGUCAAACCCUACGGAAGAGAACUAGGAGAGAUUUGUGUUCUUGGAACUGUGGCCGUUCCAAGGCCUUGGGUGUUGACUUCAUCAAGCACGCACUCGCGAUUCUUCACGUCCUACUCAGGGAUGACAUCAAUACCCUCAAGAAACUCGUUUCAGAUCUCAAAGCGUUAUGCCCCAACCAAGCUCCGGCUCGUGGGUGA